AUGGCUCACUUCUUCUUCUUGGCUGCUUUCUUCUGGCUGAAUACUAUGUGCUUCAACAUCUGGUGGACCUUUAGAGAUCUAAGACCAGCAAGUUUGGAGAAAGGCCAGGAGACCUUGCGGCUCAGAGUGUACGGUUGUUAUGCUUGGGGUGGGCCCCUUUUGGUUGCGGGAUUGGCUGCCCUACUGGAUCAUCUUUCACCCCAGACUCAGUACACCUAUCUUAGGCCUCGUUUUGGAGAAAGGCAAUGCUGGUUUUAUGGUGACAUGGAAAUUCUUGCAUAUUUUUUCGGACCAAUCGGUGCACUUUUAGCCGUGAAUCUUCUCUUUUUUGCCGCCACCGCACGUGAAUUAACUUGCGGUCUUUGGAAGGGUGAAUUUGUCAAAAGCACUACCGAAAGGGCUGCCUUGGGCUGGGUAUGCAUGAAGUUGGUGAUCGUGAUGGGUAUCACAUGGGUUGCUGAUGUAGUCUCCUGGGCAGUAGGUGGUCCACAAUAUAUCUGGUACUUCACCGACUUGAUAAACGCCUUCCAAGGUGUGCUGAUCUUUGCAGUGGUCGGUUGCCAGCCUCAGGUCAGAGCAGCAUUGAAAAGACUUUGCAAUAGAAAUCCAAGAACUAACGCAAGUCGGCAGGGUAAUGGCCUUAGUACAACCAGUCACGGUAUGCCCAGCAUGGGUGAUAGCGUUACACAGAAUCCAAGUACGAAGACUGCACCGUUGGAAACCAUCUGUUAAACUCACUUCGAGAAGGUUCGAGAUUGAACAUUAAAACAAUAAAAAGAAGAUAAGGAUAAUCUUGAAGAAAACUUAAAUACGACUAUGUGACGAGACGACGAUUACGACGACUUUGACAGGAUGCUUUGAACGUUCAGCAAACAUCAACGGUCAAUGCGUUUCCGUCCUAAGGUCAUUGACCUUGAAAAGAAGCCCGUGGGUGGUUUAGUCAGGAAUGAGAAAGCCUAGAGGCAAAGGUGUAUGUAUUUCUAACGCGCCUUUUUUUUUCUUUCUCUCUGGCGGACUUUUACACAUAUUUAUUAAAAGACAUAUACUUCAAGAUCCACGUAUAUGUAUGUAUAUGCAACUGCGCGAAUACACACUUGUGUGAUAGGUUCGAGAAUACUCGCGUAUGAAAUUGAAAACAAAACAUAAAAUAAAAUAAAAACCAUAAGAAGGCAAAAGAGAUUCUUUAAAUGACGAAUUUGUGUCAUUCUAAUCGAGAUACUCGUUGUUAUUAAUGUAUAUAAACAGAUGAGAGAUGAGAGAGAGAAAGAGAGAGAGAGAGAAAGGGUGGGGGAAGAAGAAGAAAAUGCUUGACCAUUUACAGAGAUUAUUAAUAAAUUGUCGAUAUAUGAUAAUACGACUGAUAAAUAAUCAUACGUUUGUUACCAAUUUACUAAUCGAAUAUAGUCAUUGCGUCUACUUCUCUAAUAUCUUCGAAUCGAGCUUAAUUAAUUAAUUAUAUCUCUCUUUUGCACGAACAUCAAAAACUAUCUGUUAGUUUGCGUUUGUUUUAUUUUCUUUUUUCUUUUUCUUCUUUUUUCUUAACUUUCUUAACUCCUUUUUUACUUCGAAUUUUAUUCAUAUAUAUUCUUACAACUUUUCUCGUGGAUCAUAAAUGAUUUUUAUUCAUGAAGGGGAGAGCGGGGGGGGGGUGUAACCAUUGGAAUAUUAAUAUCGGGACCACAAAAUUUGUAAUUAAGAGUACAAUUAGAAAUAGUAAAAAUUCUAAAAAGAAUUAUUCAUCAACCGAUCCACGUCUCUUCAUAAAAAAAAAGAAUAAAUUAUAUAUUGCUUAGUCUAUUGUUGAAAUAUCCGAUAAUUUUGUUGUACAAUUAUUUGUCAUUUGAAAUUAUCGUGUGUAUCGGCAUUGAAGAAAUUUUUCAUAAAAUUUACAAAUUUAUACGUCAUCAAUUUUUUUUAUUCUAUCCUAUCGAGAUCGCAAAAUAAAAAAAAUAAAAAGAUAAAAAAGAAAUCUUUACAUUCAAAAAUACAGCCAAGAUUUUUUUGUUUUUUUUUUUUUGUAAAAUCGUGAAAAAAGGGAGAAAAAGUCUUUUAUACUGAAGUAUUUUUAACGAUACUGCCAAUUUCUGUCAAAAAUCGUCUGGAAGUGUGCCAUUAUAGAUAUAUUCAAAGAUAUAUAUAUUUCAAAUUUGCAUUUCGCAUCGUCGAUUCAAAAUAGUCUUCGAGGAAUCAUCGAAAUACAUAAGUUCGAUCUACGUGAGUCACGAUCUAUGAUUUCCGUGAUCUAUGAUUUUCGACCUUUCGAAUCCUCUCUUUUUUAAAAAAUAAAAAAUAGAAAAAUAGAAAAAUAGAAAAAUAGAAAAAUAGAAAAAUAAAAAAUAACAUCCUGUCCUAAUAUUAGUUUCUAAAAAUUAGAUAUUUGUAUGAAUGAAAAUAGAAAAUAUCGGAAAUAGCAUGAUCGACGUUUCGUAAUAUGUAAUAAAAAUUUGAUGCCUUUUUAAAUGCCUUCCAGAUGUGUGACAAGUUUAACAUGCCAAAUUGUAUCGAAUUGACCAAUAAUUUAAAUAACGUCACAAUUUUCAGUAUUUUAUAUUUAAAUAAAUCAUUAUUAAUAACGUAUGUAUAUUUAAAUUAAAUAUUAGCUAGUCAAUAUGAUUCAAUAAUAUUAACUUCAACAAUAAACUAAAGUUAUCAAAAUCGUAUAUUAUAUUCUAUUGGAUAUACAAUAUUAUACUAUAUACAAACUUCACACUGCAAAUAAACAUUUUUGCAGAUCACAUUCAUCUUUUGUACAUUAGAAAUUAAUAGAAACUACAUAAAAAUAUAUAUAUAUAUAUAUACAUGAUACAUAUACACGUAUACAAUAAAAAAUGUUGUCAUUUAUUUAGAUAUAAAAUACUGAAAUUUUACGACGCUUAUUGGUUCAUCUAAUAUUAGAAAAACACGAGUCGAUUUUCUAACGAUUUUUCGAUAGACAACAUUAGUGAUUAAAGAAGAAGAAAAAGCUUGUAAGAGCUUUUAAAUUAUUCAUUCUAAAUGAAAAAGAAAGAGAGAGAGAAAGAGAGAGAAAGGAAGAAAGAAAAGAAUCUUUUGUCUUCAGGUGCAUAAAAGAGACUGAAAUACGAUAUCCGCUGUCUCGAUUCGAACAAUCUCUUGAAGAAGAAGAAGACGCAUCGAAAUCGAAUUCAAUUCGACUAAUGUGAGUGUUGUCCGAAAAAAA